AACAGGUAGCAGAAGCACCAGGGCAGGGACCCAAAAGAGCUGCCUGUAUAUGCUCAAAUGAGGAGGAUCGUACCCAUGAGAGUCACACAUCUUCUGGCCUUGAUUGCGCUGAUGUUGGUGGGGCUGUGGGGGGUCACUUGUGACGGCAGACAGAGAGAGAGCCCAGAAGAGUGGGAUGUGAGACUUGAUGGCAUUGGCUCCAGAUGUUCCGGGUUGCUGGAAAUGCAUCACAAAGGCAAAUGGAAGAGAAUUUCUGGUGUACAUUGGUCACUACAAAAUGCAGAACUUGCCUGUAAACAACUUCAUUGUGGUGUCCCCUUUGGAAUUGUGACACCAUUUCCCAAAGAACCAGAAAAGCAAGAAAUUUGCUUGAGGGAGUGCCAAGCAAAUGCAACAGCCUUCAAGGACUGUACAUGGCAGGAAUCCAACUGCAGUUAUCAUCUGGGUGUGGUUUGUCAAGAUCCUGUGCAAGCACCCACUGUGCAACCAGAACCAACUACAACACUGCUCAUGACUUCUUCAAAGCCCAUAGAUACUACAGUGAUAAUGCUAGAAGAUGGAACUGCAUUGUGCUCUGGGACUGUAGAGCUCAAGUUUGGAGGCCAUUGGGAAAUGGUUUGCCUGGGCUUACAGAAAUGGUGGAAAGAUCUGGCACCUAGGGUCUGUGAAGGAGCAGACUGUGAAGCUGCAAUAGAACUGAAGGGCCUGAGCAGCAAGAAGCCAUUGCCCAUCCACUGGGAGAAAGUGCAGUGUGAGAGAAAAAACCUCAGUUUGCAUUGUUUGAAUAGGACUAAACCAUGCCUUACAUUGGUGAAAUGCUCAGGCCAAGAUUUCAAGCCCAAUCAAUCCAGGACAGAAACCAUCCUAAGAAUCCUGCUGGGUCUUGCCCUGACUACAUUUCUCCUGAUUACCUGCAUACCCCCUAUCUAUAAGAAAAUAAUGAAGAAAUAUUUCAAAAAGAGGCAACACCAGUGGAUUGGGCCAAAUGCAGUAAACCAGAAUGUUUCAUUCCAUCGCAACAGUUCUGCCAGCUUCCACCCACAUCCCCAAGGCCAAGUUGUUCAAGAACAGGAUAACAGAGUCUUCAAGAAAACCUCUUAUCUCUCGCCCUAUGCAGCUCUAGAAGGGGCAACAAACAGAAUUUCCAACCCUCCGGAUAACUCCUCUGAUAGUGAUUAUGACUUAUGUUCUGCCCAGCAACUGUAAAAAUUUGACAGCAGGUACAAGCAGAAUUCAGUAAAAGAAGAAAACUGAGGCCAGUCCAAAAAAAAUAAUAAUUUCAUUUCUCACUGGUAUGAAACACCCCAGGCAACCUUCCUGAAACCAGUGACUUCUCUCUCCGCUUUUGCAAGGAUGUGAUUUUGAAGGCAGUGUACCUCAUUUUUCUAACAUUGGGAAGAAGUGGGAGCUCCAACCCCAGUCAGUUAAUUAGUGCUCUGAAUCUAAAUUACAAGUGCUGAAAUUCUGCUGAGUAUCUUCAUCCGACAGACAGGAAAAUGCCCUUUGGGGUUAAGCUUUAGUAGUACACUGGUAGAUAGCUAGAUUUUCCAGUGGCACUUACAAAAUUGGAUGUUCUGCCUAGUGACUACGUGCACCCUUUUAUUUAAAAAAAAAAUUAAAUGCUGCAAGUAAGGAUUUCUGAUAAGAUCCAGUUGUGUCAGAUUUCAGCACAUGCUCAGCAGCCAUAUGUGCAUAUACAGUCAGGGAUGUAGCUGGGGGGGGGAUUUGGGGGUCCGGACCCCCCCCCUUCCAUUAGAAAAAUGAAUGGUGUGUGCUGCUGCGCUGCCGCACUCAAGCCCCAUUAUAAUGGUGGCACUUAGUCUGGACCCCCCCCCUUCCUAAAAUCCUGGCUACGUCCCUGAUACAGUGUGAGAGCUUAUACAAGUAGCAGUGUACUAGAAGAUUGGAGUAGCACAUUUAGAAAGAAAAGUAUGAAAUGCUGUCACGUGAAAUGGAUUAAAGCUCAUUCUUAGAAUUUUUAAAACCAUGAAAAUCUAUGCCUGUAUCCAAUUUCCUAUUGCAUAAAGUGAAAUAGAUAUGUUGUAACUGAGCAUCUUAA